AUGGAAUGUGUAAAACAUCCGGGUAAUAAGAUCAUUUCGGUCUGUGUCACGUGUGAUUCCACACUAGUCUGUGUGGAUUGUAUGGCGGACGAGCAACACAAAUCUCAUGUCUUCGAGAAACCAAAAACAAGUGCAAAUAACAUCAAAAUAAAGCUACAGAAACAAGAGGAGACAGUAUCUGUAUUGAUGUCCUGCUUAGAGGUGGACUUGGAUGAGGCACAGAAGCUAAAAUCACAACAAGAACACAACCAAAACAAAAUAAUCAAAAGAAUAAACAACAGCAGAGAGGAAAUAAUUGAAUCUGUUGCUAAGAUGGCUGAUAACUUUAUAUCACAAUCCGAGACUCAAUUCCAACGUAACUAUGUUAAACUACAAAACGUCUCCGAUGAUAUCUCUGCAAAACUGGAAAACAUGAGACGACACAGAGAGGAAGUAAAAUAUCUCAUUGACAGCAAAGAUGAUCUAUGUGUGAUAGAGAGGUCACAGAAGCUAAAAGAUAUUGACGUACAAACGAAACCUUUACCGGAACUGGAAACAAUUGAGUUUAUUCCAGGAAAAAUAAAUACCAGUCAGUUAGAGCUCAUGUUCGGGGGUAUCAGUGCCGAUAUGGAGAAAGAACCAUCGUUACAGGGAGCUCAAGCACCACGAAUUAUGUCGUUAUCAACGAAGAAAGAAUCUGAUUUCGUUGGUAAUCUACUUCGUUUGAAUACGAAACUUGUCUUGGAGUUGACAUUGAAACAUUCAAAAUCAAUUUCAGUAUCGAAUAUAUGUUUCGGUGCCGAUGGAAAAGUUUGGAUAAGACGUCAUAGAGGGAGGGAAAUAACGCUGGCACAUAAACAUGGUAAGGUAGAGAAAACAAUAUUUUUUGAUGUCGUGGUUCGUGGUAUGACUGUUGUUAAUGACAAUACACUGUUGAUAUGUGGAGAGGAGGAUAGAGAUAUUAAACAGUUUACACUGUCGAAUGGAGAGAUCACUUCACUCUUCUCUACUGGAAAGUUGAUGCCGAGAGAUAUCUGUACUGCGCCCAAUAGAGAUCUCUAUGUAACACUGAGGAGUAGUGUUGAUUACAAAGAUUCUUUCAACAGCGAAAGUGUACUGGUACGAUACUCUCCCUGUGGCCGAGAGAAAGAUCGGGCUCAGUAUGACAGACGGGGUGAUGCCCUGUUUCUGUGGCCAAGUAGAGUAAGAAUCAGUAACACAGGCGACAGUAUAGGAGUGAUCAAUGCUACAGAAAAAGACAACAAUCACCUGGUUCUUUUUAAUAAAGACCUGACGUUAAGGUCACGGUAUCUAGGGCACCACAAUGUCAUGUCUCGAGAAUACAAGUUUGAUACCACUACCUACAAACCGAAUGAUAAUUAUUUCAUCAAUGAUUUCAUCUUUGACUCAGUAGGUAAUAUAAUUAUCUGUGAAGGGUUCACUAACUGUGUCCAGCUGCUGUCCAGAGAUUGCGUUCCUAUGCAGACCCUCCUACCCAAACUUGAAUCUAUACCGAUGUCCAUCGCCAUGGCGGAUGACGAGAUGUGGCUGGGGUGUGGAGACGGAACUAUGAAUCUUUACAAGGUUAAUAUUAUAUAUGAAUAUAUAUACAACAUUUACCUGUUGUCGAUAAAGCUACUCUAA